AUGGAGUCCUUCUACCUCUCUUCUAGAACUGGAGGCGGCGUGCGCUUGCCUCGUGCCGCCGUCGCCAUCGACGCCCUCUCCGCAAGCCAGGCGCCUUCGCGCGGCGGACAAGGUGUUGGAAUUGCUGCGCUCUCGCUUCCGUGGUUGGUUGCAGGCGCACCGCUGGUUGGGAGAUCACUGCAGGCCCCGGAGCGUGGGAUGGUUGCAGCAGUAUCGAGGGGCGGACUCGACACCGGCCGCCAUGCGUAUCAAAUGGUUGCCGCCAGACACGGCUCCCUGCUAGUUCGGCAUCGCGGCGAGGCCUCUGCUGGUAUCGCCCUGGCAGGGCCUGAGGGGCCCAGGUGGAGUGCCUUUGGACCCAGGCGUGCACGCUUCAGCUGCCCUUUUAAUAAGUCUGACUGCGCCUCGGCGCGUCUGCUCAACCCCAUAUACCACUGCGGUACCCAGCCUCGCAUCCUGGCCCUCCAACCUCACCUCCUCGCUGCCACCACGGCGGCCGUCUGCCUGAUCGCUGCGGCCCGCUGA